GCCAGACCUCCCCCCCCCUCUCUCCCUCUCUCUCUCUCUCUCUCUCUCUCUCUCUCUCUCGCAAAAACACACAUUCAUUCCAUUCCGUUCAUGGAUUCUGCUUCUCGCUCCUCUGUCAUCGUCGUCGGUGCCGGUGUCUCCGGGAUUUCGGCGGCGAAGGUGUUAGCGAAGAGCGGAGUGAAGGACCUGGUGAUUCUGGAGGCCUCAGACCGUAUCGGCGGGAGGAUCCGGAAGGAGGAUUUCGGUGGUGUGUCGGUGGAGCUCGGUGCCGGCUGGAUCGCCGGCGUCGGCGGCAAAGAGUCCAACCCCGUCUGGGAGCUCGCCGUCCAGUCCGGCCUCCGUACCUGCUUCUCCGACUACAGCAAUGCUCGCUACAACAUCUACGACAGCAAUGGGAAGAUUUUUCCGAGUGGAGUGGCGGCGGACUCGUACAAAAAGGCGGUGGACUCGGCGAUUGAGAAGCUGAGCCAGGAGGCGAACCGGGGUGGUGAUGGGUGCGAUGUAACCGAACCGCCUUCGACGCCCAAGACGCCAAUAGAGCUCGCCAUUGACUUCAUUCUACAUGAUUUUGAGAUGGCAGAGGUUGAGCCAAUAUCAACUUACGUAGAUUUUGGGGAACGAGAAUUUUUAGUUGCAGAUCAGAGAGGGUAUGAUUAUUUGCUAUACAAAAUGGCUGAAGAUUUUCUUUAUACCUCCUCUGAGGGUAAAAUCUUGGACAGUCGUCUCAAACUAAACAAGGUUGUUCGGGAAUUACAGCACUCGAGAAACGGCGUCACGGUAAUAACUGAGGAUGGUUGCCGCUACGAAGCCAAUUACGUGGUUUUGUCUGUCAGCAUUGGUGUUCUUCAAAGCGACUUAAUUUCCUUUCGACCGCCCUUGCCCAGGUGGAAAACGGAGGCCAUAGAGACAUGUGACGUGAUGGUGUAUACAAAGAUCUUCUUAAAAUUUCCACACAAGUUCUGGCCAUGUGGACCUGGAAAAGAGUUCUUUAUCUAUGCCCACGAGAGGAGGGGCUACUACACGUUCUGGCAGCACAUGGAGAAUGCAUUCCCUGGUUCAAAUAUCCUGGUUGUGACAUUGACUAAUGGAGAAUCAAAACGUGUGGAAGCUCAAUCAGAUGAAGAAACAUUGAAAGAAGCUAUGGGGGUGCUUAGGGACAUGUUUGGACCCAACAUACCAAAUGCUACUGAUAUACUUGUUCCACGCUGGUGGAAUAACAGAUUCCAGCGUGGCAGCUACAGCAACUACCCCAUCAUCUCUAAUCUUCAAGAAGUUAAAAAUAUUAAGGCCCCGGUGGGACGCAUCUUCUUUACCGGCGAACACACAAGUGAAAGAUUCAGCGGUUACGUCCACGGCGGAUACCUAGCAGGUAUUGAUACCGGAAAAGCUUUACUAGAGGAAAUAAGAAGCGAGAGUCAAAAUCAUUUGCUAGAGCCCUUUUUAGCAUUGACUUUAACACAGGCAGAUGCAGUCUCAGGUCUACACAAAUGUGAUAUUCCUACACAACUAUAUCUUAGUGGCAAGCUUAGCAUUCCAGAAGCUAUAUUAUGACUAUAUGGACCUAUAGAGACACCUCACUUUGUUGACAAAGAUGAUGAUGACAAUGAUGAUGAUGACAACACUGAUGAAAAUAUGCUUAAUGAGACGGAUGGCCGGAUGGAUUUUGAUCGAUACUCAGUUCGAGCCCUCGAUUCCAUCCGUAAGGUAGAGUAAAGUUAGAUACAAAGAGCAGGAAAAUGGAAAGACGUGCGAUAGGCCGCACGGGUUGAUUCUCCUUUUGUGUAGCUGGUACAUUAAUGGAGUUGCCAAGUUUUGGAUUCUUGAAGGGAAUUGGUUUUGGGGCAUACAUAUAAAAGAUUGUUCAUUGUACUAAGAACUGACAUUAAGGAUAGGAAAGGCCAUACUUCGAUUCUAAUUUGACAUGUACCUGUUCACACAUGAAAGAACUCUUUCCGUUUUUUGUAUUUGAAUAAUGAUUAUGCAAAGAUUUCUAGUUCUUCCUA